AUGUCAGACAUAAAUGGAAUUUUCCAAAUUGUGUGGGUGCUAUUGAUGGGUCCACAACAUUCGGGAUCGACAUAUUAUAAUUACAAAGGCAGUCAUAGCUUAGUCUUAUUAGCUAUAUGCAAUGCAAAUUAUAAAUUCAUUGUAGUUGAUAUUGGCGCUAAAGGACGUCAAAGUAAUGGAGGAGUUUUUCAUAAAUCAUCUAUUGGACAGGCAUUAAUUAACGGAGAANCAGAUUUCCCACCAGCUAAACAAAUUUACGAGAAUGGUCUUGUACUACCAUAUGUUUUGAAAGCUGAUGAAGCGUUUCCUUUAACGACUUAUCUGAUGCGUCCAUAUCCUGGAAGAUAUGGAUUAACUGUGGAUCAAAGAAUUUUUAAUUACCAAUUGAGUAGAGCACGAAGAAUAAUUGAGAGCACUUUUGGUAUUCAUGUGUCACAGUGGAAGAUUUUUAAAAAACCGAUCAUUGCGAAUGUCGAAAAUGCACAUAAAAUAAUUGAGGCUUGNGUUUGUUUGCAUAAUUUUAUACGGGAUACUGAUAAUGUUGAUGAUAAUAAUUGUGAAUCAGAUUUAAAUGAUAAUUAUGAUAUAGGGAACAGUGUAAGUGGAAUGCGAAAUGUACGUCGGUUUGGAUCAAAUACGCAUUCACGCGAAGCUGCUCGUGUGAGAGAUGAAUUUAUGAAAUAUUUCAACGAAGAAGGUGCCGUUGAUUGGCAAUUUUCAAAAGCUUAG